AUGUUGGAGGUGUCAAGACUCACACUUGCAUGUUUCCCUGGCAAGGAGCUGACAGUGGCCGGCAUGGAUAGCUUCGUCGAGGGCAGCUUGGAUGUGCGUGGAGCUGGUCAGACUUUGACAUCAACAGCUGCAUUCAGCAACCUGCGGUUCAGUGCGAAAAUCCAGGCCCAGUUGGAAUCGGUAUCUCGGGACUCAUUGAAACAAGCCGAACCCCUCCUGGAGCAUUUCGAGAUUUCAAUUGGCUUGGGAAAUGUCAGCGCGGAGUCGGACAUCCUCGCAAUGGUCUCGCAGGAGGCCUUGGGAGCCUUGGAGGUGGAUCAAUUCCAGAAGUUGGAGUGCCUGGUGGCAUGUGCACGUGGUGCAGCCGUGGGGCCUGAGGCACCUGUGGCCCUGCGCAGGCUGAGGAUCGACAACAUGAUGAUACCAGUGGCUCGCAUGGUCGGUUCUCAUUCAAUUGGAGAUGACCUCGCGGCGGCGAUGACUCAAAUGCUAAGGGCAACUCUCCAUGGAUAUGCAGCGGCGAUUCCGCACAUCCUCCAGUCCUCGACGAUCAUACUGCACGACGCUUUGAACGACAUGGUGCAGCAAACGCUGGAGAAUGUCCCGCCGUGCCAGAACACGGAGGUGUACUUCGGACCCGAAGGCGUGGUCAACAUAUCUCUGUUGCUGACUUCUUUGGUAUUGGCCGUGAUUGGUGUGGUGGCUUGGGUACAUACCGAAAGGAGCGACCAAGGUCAGUUCUUCAACAAAUCGUCGUUGGCAGCCUGCCAAGCCAUCCCCCGCGGUCUCUCCUUGGGAUAUCCGUUUUUUCUGGUAGCCACCAUGUUCCUUUUCCUUUUUUCGGAUUUGGGACUCGGAACUGUUAUAAACGUGAUCUUCCAAGCCGGGUCGGAGCGCAUGAAGAUUGGCCCAGCAUUUUCGUUUUCAGUCUUGACACUUUCGCGGGACAGCCUGCGAGGAGGCGCUUGGCUUCUGGCUCUCUUGAUUGUCGGACUUAGCGGCGUGUGGCCUUUCGUGAAGCUUGCGCUGCUGUUGCACGUGUGGCUGGCUCCAACGACGAGGCCACGACGCACAAAAGUGCUGUUGUUCUUGGAUGAGUACGGGAAGUACAGCCUCGUCGACUCAUGGCUCGCCAUCCUUGCGUUGUGUGCGUUUGACAUCAAAUGGUUCGGAGAGGAAGUUUCUGUGCAAGUAACCCCGGUGCCGAUGCUUCCUUUCUUCACCUUCGUCAUAGCAACGGUGUUGUCGCUGGUGCUCGGCCACAUCGCGACAGAGUCGAACAGGAGAAGCCUGCAGGAAACAGCUCCGCCGUUGCGGAGUAGUUCACGAACUAUAAGUGGAAAUAUCAGCGAGUCGGAGCCGGUCCAUAAAAGCUACGACCUUUGCCGUGAGCUCCCUCGAGGCCGCGCAGUCCUCUUGCUGGGGCUGACCUUUCUUACUGGCAUUUCAAUUGUUUGUUCAGCUUCUCUGCAAUCCUUGGAGUACAAGGUCUCUGGUGCGAUUUCCGACUUGCUCCUGAAGGGUGAGGAGAGAGAUCUGAAGUACAGUCUCGUCGGCUUGGGCAUGUUCUUAACAACGGGCUUCCAAGAAUCUGGUGGUUUGCAUGCAGUUCAAGCCAUUUUCUUCAGCUUCACGCUGGUCAUUCCAUUGCUGCUGGUUUGCGCUGUUCUGGCACUUCUGCUCGUGCCCAUGACGAAAGCCCAGCAUGGCCUGCUCUGGAAAGUCUGCCAUGUCCUGGAUGCUUGGGCAGCUUUUGACGUCUUCGUCCUGGCUGUUACGGUGGCGAACUUCGAGUUCUGGAUCUUCUCUAAUUUCCUGAUCUAUCACGACAACAUUGCUGCUGCAUGCGGUUGGGUACACGACAACCUGGAGCUGGAAUGCUUGGCAAUGGAAUGUCACGUGCUUCCGGGGUUUGCAGUCCUGGCUGCAGCAGGUAUUGGGUCCUAUGCCGUCCCGAAGAUGGUGCUGUUUUCUUGUGAGGAUCUCUUGGACCAGGCCCAGGCCGAAUCAGAGAGUGAGGAAGCCAGCGAGCUGCUUUCAGAUGUGCAGUUGUUCGCUGAGCCACCUCGCAGCUUUGCAUUCGACGGUGUUUUGCGAGAGUCUGCGACACAGACGGAGGUUUUUCAACUGUUUGGCACUGGUGUGGCGGAAUUUUGUCUCAGUGGGUACAACGGCAGCAUCUAUGUGUACGGCCAAACGGGAAGUGGCAAGACCCACACAAUGCAGGGAGAAGUCGAGUCCGUGCAAUCUAUGCACAAUGGUGAACAAAGGGGCUUGAUGUGUCGCAUCUUGGACUACAUCUUCUCAGAGAUAGGUCGUCGCAAUCAGACAGGAGGGACGAUUCAACAUAGUUGCAAAUGCUCGUACCUCGAGAUCUACAAGGAGCAGAUCACUGACCUGUUGGAGCCAAGCUCCACCAACCUGCAGAUCAGAGAGGACAUCAACCACGGCGUGUACGUGGAGAGGCUGAGUGAACACUCGGUGUGGUCUGCUUCGGAUGCCUUCCACGUGGUCUGGAAGGGACUUCAUCAGCGACAUGUGGCUUCCACGCAGAUGAACGAACUCAGUUCCAGGUCACAUUCGGUAUUUACCCUGAAAGUGGAAGCUUCCAGUACCACAGCUGGUGGUGUCACUUCCACAAAGAUUGCCAGGCUAAACCUCAUCGAUCUGGCGGGAUCUGAACGUCAGACGUUUGAUCCGCACAAUCCUUCAGCGCACGAGAGCAUCCGGGUGAAGGAGGCCGGUGCAAUCAACAGGAGCCUGAGUGCUCUCACGAACGUCAUCAUGUCUCUUUCGCACGGUCGGCGGAAAGUUUCCGUUGCAGGGCAACGGCAACCAUUCGUCCGGUACCGUGACAGCAAGCUCACCUUCCUUCUACGAGAUUCCUUGGGUGGUAACUCGAAGACGGUUAUUGUUGCUUGCAUCUCUCCUGCGGCCAUGUGCUUUGGGGAGACUUUGUCGACCCUCAAGUUUGCUUCCAGAGCGAAGCACAUUCGCUGUGCGGCCGUAAUGAACGAGGAGUACUCUGGCACUGUGGGGUCUUUGGUUCUUGAGGUGAAGAGCCUUCGCCAGCAGCUUGACCUACUUUCCAGCCGUGGGCUGGCGAUGGAGGUCAGCGACCUUAAGACAAGAUCGUCUCCCUCAAGGCCUCGCUUGGACGCUCAGAAGCUAGGCAGGGAGGAGACCUCGGUCGAGGCUGCCUUGGAGGAAGCUCUGCAGGCAGGUGGUUCGGAAGAUCUGCGAUGCUUGUACGGUCCGAGACGCAUUAGAAGGCUGGAAAUUCUGCUGGCUGCAGCCUUGGAUCGGGAGCGCCGCUGUGAGCUGCGACGACACAAGGUGGACAAGGUCUCACAUUCUCAGAAGCAGCAUGCUGACUUAAUGUCUUCUGUGGCUCAUGACCCCGAGCCCGACCAAGAGGAUGGGGUGACUGACAGCUGCAGCAGCAGUAGUUGUCUUCAUGCUUCAGAAAGAUUUGGUGAAGGAAGCGGCAGAGAUUGCAUGUGGCCAGUCGAGCACAUCGCGGUCUAG